GGUAAAGUGACAUUAAACUUUACAAGCUCGGCGAGCAGAGCAUCCAUGGCCCCUCCACUCCCUUAAGAAUCAGAUCCUUUUGACAUUUUGAACAUAUUAUCAGCUUCUUCUUCGACCCCACUUUGGGGGCCACUUUCUCCAUUGCCCAGCUCAUGUGAUUUUACUCGAACAACAACGAAGGAAUAAUAAAUGGACUUUUCCCCUACUUCCCGACGUACGAGAAAGCCCCCUCCACCACCUCAACAAUCCGACCUUUACUCUACUGUAGUCAUCCACCAUCAUAAAAACGACGAAAACCCAGAUGAACGAUUAGACCCAUCUUCUGCUGCAGACAUUUACGCCACUAUGGUCCGCAAGGAUGAUGAUGAAACCGACGACGAUUCGCUCCCUCCUCUGCUUAAACGCCUUCCCAAAGAUUUCGGUUUGGACCCAACUAUGAAUUCCGAAGAUGACGACGCCGGCGGCCUGUUUGAUGCUGCUUCUUCGAUUUCUGGUACCAUGAUUGUUAAGAAAUCUUUCAAUUCUAGGGGACCCUCUUUUCUGGAUCGGACUGGGAAGAGGAAUUUUGAUAAUGCGGCGUCGUAUAGGCGGAGAUACGGGGAUGAGGAGGAUGAUGAUGACGAGGAUGGUGAUGGGGUGGCGGAUUUUGGGACUUUUGUAGUGAGGAAAGGGGUGGAGGAGGAUGAGGAUGAGGAGGAAGAAGAAGAAGAUGAGUUGGGAUCAGGGACUAUAGUGCGGAAGACGGCGAGGAGGGCUGGGAAGAAGAGCGUCGGAGGUGGGACGAUGAGUCGGGUAGUGGCAAGUAUGCAGGCGGUGGGGGAGAUUGGCGGGAAGCAGAGGAAAGUUGGUGGUAAUGCUGGUGGCACGGCGGAAGACGGCAUUGGUAAUGGGCGGUUAAGGGGCUAUGGAAGUGGGAAAGUGUCUACAAGUUCGAUUCCGGAUAGUGUCACCAAGGAAGACCCGUCAACUAAGUAUGAAUUGCUACAUGAGCUUGGGAAGGGAUCAUAUGGGGCUGUAUAUAAAGCUCGUGAUAAAAGAACUUCAGAGUUGGUAGCCAUUAAAGUGAUCUCAUUGAGUGAAGGGGAGGAGGGGUAUGAAGAAAUUCGUGGGGAAAUUGAGAUGUUACAACAAUGUAAUCAUCCAAAUGUUGUCCGUUACCUUGGGAGCUAUCAAGGCGAAGAGUAUCUAUGGAUAGUAAUGGAGUAUUGUGGAGGUGGCAGUGUUGCAGACUUGAUGAAUGUUACUGAUGAAUCAUUGGAAGAGUAUCAAAUUGCGUUUAUAUGUAGAGAAGCUUUAAAGGGUCUGUCUUAUUUGCACUCGAUCUUCAAGGUACAUAGAGAUAUUAAAGGUGGUAAUAUCUUAUUGACCGACCAAGGAGAGGUCAAGUUGGGUGAUUUUGGGGUUGCUGCACAACUUACAAGAACCAUGUCCAAACGCAAUACGUUUAUUGGCACACCCCAUUGGAUGGCACCUGAAGUUAUUCAAGAAAGCCGUUAUGAUGGGAAGGUUGACGUAUGGGCUCUUGGAGUUUCUGCAAUUGAAAUGGCAGAGGGUUAUCCACCGAGAGCUACGGUUCAUCCAAUGAGGGUACUUUUUAUGAUAUCUAUAGAGCCAGCUCCAAUGCUCGAGGACAAAGAAAAAUGGUCUCUGGUUUUCCAUGACUUCAUAGCUAAGUGUCUUACCAAGGACCCACGGCUUCGUCCAACCGCUGCUGAGAUGCUAAAGCACAAAUUCAUUGAAAGAUGCAAAAGUGGAGCUUCCACCAUGCUGCCCAAGAUUGAGAAGGCAAAGCAAAUCAGGGAGACUAUGGCUUUGCAAGCGCAGAAUGUUACUUCAGAUCCAGCUUUACAGGGAGAUAGUCCUUUGUUGAAUGAUGAUUACGGAGAUACUGUCCCAUCAAAAGUUCAGAAUGUUGCUCUUGAUUUAGCAAGCAAGGUGCCCUCAGGGAGUACUUUGGGAAAAUCUGAUGGAGUGGAACCGAAUGUUGAAGGUGAUUUUGGCACCUUCAUAGUCCGGAAGGGAGAUGAAGUAGACAUGAAAGUUAAUGCAGCAGAAAGGUUACCUGGUCUACAACAUGGUGGAAGCCCGUCUAUUAGUGGCAUUCGAGAUCAAGCUACAGAUUCUGGGAUUGGGACCCUAAAUAUGGAUGGUUUACCCGUUGGAGGAUCCAUGCCUUCUGGACAAUCCUUAAAAGCAUCGUCGUCAAUCUUUAGCUCUCCUGAGCAGAAACUUGAUUCAAAUAAAAGUGCUGAUGCAACUGCAGUCGCUGGUGGCAUGGAGAGCAGUUUAUUUACUAGUGAAACUGUGAGCAGGAAGGCACUGGAUAAGUUGUGGUCAAUAUAUUCGGCCGGGAACACUGUACCCAUUCCAUUCCUUAGAGCAACAGACAUAUCUCCUAUAGCUCUUUUAUCUGACAAUAUGCUUGGAGGUUCACAGUUGGAAGAUAGUGGAUGUAUUGCGGUGGAGGCCAUUCAAGAACUUUUCACCAGUGAUGCUCAGUUGAAAAAGGGCCGAAAUAGACAAAAUGAGGUACCUUUACCUCCUAGCGUAUUCCAGAGACUUACUUCCAGUCCUACUCUAAUGAAUCUUGCCCAGGCCCUAGCUUACCACAAAAUGUGCUAUGAAGACAUGCCGCUUCAAGAAAUGCAAGCAGCACAAGAGCAGCAAACUGUCCAGAAUCUUUCUGAUACACUUAGAACCAUCUUAAGAUUGUAGUCUCAAGGUUUUUCGGAAGGACUUCCAAGUGUAGCAAAUUUUGUUUCCUUCUACAAAACCCUGUGUAUAUACAGUUAUUAGUAGUUACAAGGUUAGACAAACAAUUCUGUAUGUGAUCAUCGUUUAGUUUUCGCUUUCCAUUUCGAAUUCGCUUAACCUGUAAAAAUGCAAUGCGUUAAAUUGUCUAUGAAUCUUUCCCAUAGAGUAAUCUUUUACCUAAUUCCUUUUUCUUUGAG